CAGCCUGGGUGACAGAAGAAGACCGUCUCAAAAGAAUAAUAAUUACUUAGAUAUUUAAAUACAAACAUUUUCCAGCCAGGAAUGUAUUUUAAUAGUUAGUUUCCAGAAACUGGAAAAACCUGAAAGCCUAAAAAAGUGGAGUUUUGGGAUUUCAGGCAGGCAAUGUCCCAGGCUCCUCGGGAGAUUUUUCUUUUUUUUUUUUGGUCACUGGCCUAAAUCAGCACCACCUGCCCUGUGACACCAAAUACCGCACCACAGCCCACCCUGGCCUUACGAACUAAGCUAAUCGGAUACUACUGGCAAGAUUUUUAUUCCAUCAAACUCUACUUAUUCUGAGCCUUUAACAACCCAAACAGUAACUCACUGUCGCCUGAGUUUCUUAUUCACUACACCGUUCUUGGCUUCAAACCAAGUUAACACGUAAAAUCUUUCAUUCGAACCUUCCUCACCGCAGGGUCCUAACAGCAAAGCCCAAAGGAAGCAAAAUUUCCCGCCAAAAGCGGCUUCCAAAUUUUGCGACGUAGAAGACAUGCGGGCAGCCAAUGAGCAUGCGCAGAAACCGACUCAACUUCCUAGCUGUGGUCGCCUAAACGUCCUCCACCAUCCCACAAUCCUCUCGUUACGUAUUUCCGGUUUAUCUAGUUCAGCCGUAAGUAGUUUCUCUUAUCAGUCGCACAGCUGUGUUCGUGGACUUAAGUGGAAGGAAUUUCUUCUCUUCGUUGACGUUGUUGGUGUUCACUGUUUGGAAUUAGUCAAGUUUCGGGAAUCACCGUCGCUGCCAUCAACAUGUCGGUCCCAAGCGCUCUCAUGAAGCAACCGCCCAUUCAGUCUACGGCUGGGGCCGUCCCGGUUCGCAAUGAGAAAGGUGAGAUUUCAAUGGAAAAAGUGAAGGUAAAGCGUUAUGUGUCCGGAAAAAGGCCAGACUAUGCCCCUAUGGAGUCCUCAGAUGAGGAGGAUGAAGAAUUUCAGUUCAUUAAGAAAGCCAAAGAACAAGAAGCAGAGCCUGAGGAACAGGAGGAGGAUUCAUCCAGUGACCCCCGGCUACGGCGUUUACAGAACCGUAUUAGUGAAGAUGUGGAAGAGAGAUUGGCUCGACAUCGAAAAAUAGUGGAACCUGAAGUGGUAGGAGAGAGUGACUCAGAAGUAGAAGGAGAUGCUUGGCGCAUGGAACGAGAAGACAGCAGUGAAGAAGAGGAGGAGGAAAUUGAUGAUGAGGAAAUAGAGCGGCGGCGUGGCAUGAUGCGUCAGCGAGCACAGGAGAGGAAAAAUGAAGAGAUGGAAGUCAUGGAAGUGGAAGAUGAGGGUCGGUCUGGAGAGGAGUCAGAAUCAGAGUCUGAGUAUGAAGAGUACACAGACAGUGAAGAUGAGAUGGAGCCUCGCCUUAAGCCAGUCUUCAUUCGAAAGAAGGACCGAGUGACAGUUCAAGAACGUGAAGCCGAAGCAUUGAAACAGAAGGAGCUGGAGCAGGAAGCAAAACGCAUGGCUGAGGAAAGGCGCAAGUACACACUCAAGAUUGUCGAAGAGGAAACCAAAAAAGAGCUGGAAGAGAACAAGCGAUCCCUGGCUGCAUUGGAUGCACUCAAUACUGAUGAUGAAAAUGAUGAGGAGGAAUAUGAGGCAUGGAAAGUUCGAGAGCUAAAAAGAAUCAAAAGGGACAGAGAAGAUCGAGAAGCGCUUGAGAAGGAGAAAGCAGAAAUUGAACGCAUGCGAAACCUGACUGAGGAGGAGAGGAGAGCUGAACUUCGGGCAAAUGGCAAAGUCAUUACCAACAAAGCUGUUAAGGGCAAAUACAAGUUCUUACAGAAGUAUUAUCACCGGGGUGCCUUCUUCAUGGAUGAGGAUGAAGAAGUAUACAAGAGAGAUUUCAGCGCUCCUACCCUGGAGGAUCAUUUCAAUAAAACCAUUCUUCCUAAAGUCAUGCAGGUCAAGAACUUUGGACGCUCAGGUCGCACCAAAUACACUCACCUUGUGGAUCAAGAUACCACCUCCUUUGACUCAGCUUGGGGCCAAGAGAGUGCCCAGAACACAAAGUUCUUCAAACAAAAGGCAGCUGGGGUACGAGACGUAUUUGAGCGGCCAUCUGCCAAGAAGCGGAAAACUACCUAGGGUCCAACUGCUUAUUCUUCCAACUGUGGAACACAAGGGGAAGUCUCAUCAUGUGGUCCUUGAUUUGGUUUUUUCAUUGUUUCCUUGGCCCCUGUAUCCAGCUAUUGGACCUACUGCUAUACUUGUGAUACUGGGUAGCCCAAACUUUGAAGGUGCUUUGUGAGGUUUGGACUCAUGCUGAGAAACCCACAGGAAAGCACUGUCCAGGUAGGAUUAGAGGCUUCCCACUUAAAACUAUUUCUGAGAAAUCUUAGGUUUUAUCACUGCUAUGGUUUCCCAUAUUUACUUGGGACUGUUCUGAGUUUCUUUUUCCAGCCCUUAGCUUGGGUUAGAAAAGUGGGCAUGUAAGUGAACAAUGCAUUACUUCUACCUUAGGUUUAGGAGUAAUAUACCAGGAAAUCUAAGCUCAUGGAAACAUGUUUUCCAUUUUUGCUUGGAGUCCAUUUUUCUAGUUGUACAUACUUUUUGAUCCAUAUAUGUGUGCAUGUCAAGAAAUAAAAGAAUCACACAACAAGGA